UCAUCUUUUGAAACGGAGACGAUCUCUGCGCACGGCGCCGUGUUUACAGCGAACACGGCAGACUGCAGACUGACCGAAGGAGACCGUGCAUGUACCUGUACAUUAAUCUGUCUAACUACGCGACCUGUUCGGCUGUCCAGCGACGGAGGGGCUUUAGAUAACCACAGGACUUGGCCGAACCGGAGCAGCAAGGUCAAAUGCUCAAUUUUCCGUUGGUUAUGAAGGUGAAUUACAGCUACCAUAACAACACGGUGCGUGUGUGCAUGAUGAGCGGCUGAGGAGGAGGAGGAGGAGGCGGAGAAGGAGGCUGCGGUCUGAAACCAGAUUUUUAUCCUGGAUAUUUCGAAACAAAACGUCGUGUCGUCCACUCAAGGGACUGUGUAUCCAUUUAACAUGUUAUUGUAUGCCCUAGGCCGCCUCUUUCCAUCUCAAUUUUAAGGGGGUCUGACCCGUUUUCUUGCCUCCCGAGGAUCCUCCAGCAGAGGGACGUUGGACGUUUUUUCCUCCAGAUAUGGAGUGUGAAGAUGCGGAUUACAGAGGAAUCCCCACCGCUGGUUUAAACGCAUUGUUUUCAUUGUGCACAUCAACGCGGUGUUGUUUUUGGCAGGGAUAAACAGAACUAUGAAUACAUAUUCUCUGAGCAGAGGAAUAAAUCGGUGAUUUUUGGAGCACGGUUGGACUCCCAUUAGGAAACGUGAGAGAGCUAUCCCGCUAGCCUGUUCGGUAGUAACGCUAGCUAUUAGCUCCUUUAGCCGGCUAGCAGCUAAAAGGUGCUGGCAGGAGAUUUGAAAAAGCGUUUUAAUAAUUCUGAUCAGGUUUUGCCGACGUUCUCUCCCCUCAACGUAUUUAUUUACAGGAUUUGGGAGGAUUUAGUCAUCCAGGAAUGAGGUCUCGAACGGAAAGGAACCGCUUGACCUUGUUUUGGGGUCUGAUGCUGGGUCUGUCGUCCUGCCUCCGGCCCGCCACCGCAGAGAUCUGUGGUCCCAGCAUCGACAUUGGCAAUGACAUCAGUGAAUUUAGGCGUUUAGAGAACUGCACAGUGGUGGAGGGCUACUUGCAGAUCCUACUCAUCGGUGACAAAAACAACAAUAACGUCAACCAGGAAGUCUUCCGCUCCCUCAGCUUCCCCAAGUUAACCAUGAUCACUGACUACCUGCUGCUAUUCCGGGUGUCCGGCCUGGACAGUCUGAGCACACUCUUUCCCAACCUCACCGUCAUUCGCGGACGCAACCUCUUUUACAACUACGCCCUGGUGAUCUUUGAGAUGACCAGCCUGAAGGACAUCGGCCUGUACAAUCUAAGGAACAUCACCCGUGGCGCCAUCCGCAUUGAGAAAAACCCAGAACUCUGCUACCUGGACUCCAUAGACUGGUCCCUCAUCAUGGACGCGGAGUUCAACAAUUACAUCGCCGGGAACAAGCAGUCCAAGGAGUGCAGCGAUGUCUGUCCGGGCAUCAUGGAGAACAACCCUCAGUGCAGAAAGACCAUGUUCAACAACAACUACAACUACCGCUGCUGGAAUUCCAAUCACUGCCAGAAAGAAUGCCCUGAGAAGUGUGCACGGCGAGCCUGCACAGCGGACGGCGAGUGCUGCCACCCUCAGUGUCUAGGCAGCUGCACAGUCCCUGGUAGUGACACAGCAUGUGCCGCAUGUGUGCAUUACUACCACCAAGGGCGUUGCGUGGCUGACUGUCCCCCGGGCACCUACAAGUUUGAGGGCUGGCGCUGCAUCAGUGCCGAGCUCUGCUCUAAAGUCCACCUUCCCGAAUUCGACAGCUUCAUCAUCCACGGCGGAGAGUGCAUGCCUGACUGCCCAUCUGGGUACACGCGCACCGCACCCAACAGUAUGUUCUGUACAGCCUGUGAUGGUCUGUGUGAUAAAGUAUGUGAGGGGAAGGUCAUCGACUCUGUGGACGCUGCUCAGUCUCUCAAAGGCUGCACUGUUAUCAAAGGCAACCUGCAUAUCAACAUCCGCAGAGGCCACAACAUGGUGGCAGAGCUGGAGAGCUUCACGGGUUUGAUCCAGAGGGUGACGGGUUAUGUGCGGCUCAGACACUCCCACACUCUGAGCUCCCUGGCCUUCCUCCGCAGCCUCAGAUACAUCGAUGGAGAAGACCUUCUGGACGACAUGUACGCCUUCUCGGCGUUCGACAACCAGCAGCUCCAGUACCUCUGGGACUGGAAGCAGCACAAUCUCACCAUCAAAACGGGAAAGCUGUUCUUCAGAGCCAACCCAAAGCUCUGCAUGUCUGAGAUCCGCAACAUGUGGGAAAAGACGGGCAUCCAGGGCCGCUUUGAUGAUAGCGAUUUCCGACACAACGGCGACCGAGCCAGCUGUGAAAGCACUAUCCUGAAGUUUAAGUCCAACAGCACCAGCAGUACCCGGAUCAAACUGACCUGGGAACGCUACCGGCCCCGCGACUACAGAGACCUCAUCAGCUUUAUCGUCUACUACAAAGAGGCACCGUACCAGAACAUCACAGAGUUCGAGGGUCAGGAUGGCUGUGGCUCCAACAGCUGGAACAUGGUGGAUGUGGAGCUGAGGCCAGACAAGGACUCAGACCCUGGAGUUCUGCUGUCCAACCUGAAACCCUGGACGCAGUAUGCUGUCUUCGUCAAAGCUAUCACUCUGAUGGUUGAGGACAAACAUUUGCCAAGCGCCAAGAGCAAGGUGGUUUACAUCCGCACAAGCCCCUCAGCACCCUCCAUGCCUCAGGAUGUGCGAGCAUACUCUAACUCCUCUACACAGCUGGUGGUGCGUUGGUCUCCCCCUGUCUCACCAAAUGGAAACCAGACGUACUACCUGGUCAGAUGGCAGCAACAAGCCGAAGACAGGGAGUUGUACCAGCACAACUACUGCUCUAAAGAGCUGAAGAUCCCCAUAAGGAUUGCUGCCAUAGGUGUUGGAGACCAGGAAGAGGACACCAAGCCCACUAAGCCAGAUCCUGAGGGUGUAGACAAAGGUCCCUGUUGCCCCUGCCCCAAGUCUGUGGAGGACCUGGAGGCGGAAGCUGCUGAUGCCUCCUACCGAAAAGUCUUUGAAAACUUCCUGCACAACUCAAUUUUUACACCAAGGCCACCAGAUCGUCGCCGUAGAGAUCUCUUUGGCGUCGCCAACUCCACUCACUCCCGCCGCAGCCGCCUACACUCCAACAGCACUGUCCCUCCUCUCCAGGCUGCUGGAAACAGCAGCACCAUCUCUGACCUGGAGCCAGCGGACAGAGAGUUUGAGUUCAUGGAGCAAGCUGUGACGGAGCGUGAGCUGCAGAUCUCCGGCCUGCAACCCUUCACCGUUUACCGCAUCGACAUUCACGCCUGCAAUCGACAAGUCCAGCGUUGCAGCGCGGCAGAGUUCGUCUUCUCCAGAACCAAGCCUGCAGAAAAGGCUGACGACAUACCGGGCCCCUUGACCUGGGAGGGCCAUGAGGACUGGGUGUUCCUGCGCUGGCCAGAGCCACCUCACCCCAACGGACUCAUCCUCAUGUAUGAGAUCAAGUUUAAACUGGCUGCUGAGACCGAGAAGCACGAGUGUGUCUCUGGUCAGAUGUAUCAGACCCAGCGUGGCGUUCGGCUUUCCAACCUCAGUCCAGGAAACUACUCGGUUAGAGUGAGAGCCACCUCUCUGGCUGGCAACGGCUCGUGGACACACACUCUGGAUCUCUAUGUGGCUGAACGAUAUGAGAACGUCCUCUAUGCGAUGAUCUUUGUUCCUAUCGCCAUCAUUCUCUUCAUCUGCCUUCUGGUCACAAUGCUGGUGGUCCUCAACAGGAAAAGGAACAGCGACCGUCUUGGAAAUGGAGUCCUGUAUGCCUCAGUCAACCCAGAGUACUUCAGCGCCGCAGAAAUGUAUGUGCCAGAUGAGUGGGAGGUGGCACGGGAGAAGAUCUCCCUGAGUCGUGAGCUUGGCCAGGGGUCGUUCGGCAUGGUGUACGAGGGCUUGGCAAAGGGCGUGGUCAAAGAUGAAGCGGAGACACGUGUCGCCAUUAAGACCGUCAACGAGUCGGCCAGCAUGAGGGAGAGGAUAGAGUUUCUCAAUGAAGCGUCCGUCAUGAAGGAGUUUAACUGUCACCAUGUGGUUCGUCUCCUGGGAGUGGUCUCUCAGGGCCAGCCCACCUUGGUUAUCAUGGAGCUGAUGACACGAGGAGACUUGAAGAGUUACUUACGCUCCCUCCGACCUAAAGAGCAGCAGUGGUCGAGCCUGUCUCUCCCCCCUCUGAAGAAGAUGCUUCAGAUGGCAGGGCAGAUAGCUGACGGCAUGGCUUACCUCAACGCCAACAAGUUUGUCCACAGAGAUCUGGCAGCCAGGAACUGCAUGGUGGCUGAGGACUUCACUGUAAAGAUAGGAGAUUUCGGCAUGACCAGAGAUAUCUAUGAGACAGAUUACUACCGCAAAGGUGGUAAGGGUUUGCUCCCCGUCCGUUGGAUGUCACCCGAGUCUCUGAAGGACGGAGUCUUCACCACUAACUCUGACGUCUGGUCGUUUGGGGUUGUACUGUGGGAGAUUGCCACUCUGGCAGAGCAGCCCUACCAGGGUCUGUCCAAUGAGCAGGUGCUCCGCUUUGUCAUGGAGGGAGGGCUGCUGGAGAAACCACAGAACUGUCCUGACAUGCUGUUCGAACUGAUGCGAAUGUGUUGGCAGUACAAUCCUAAGAUGCGUCCAUCUUUUGUGGAGAUAAUCAGCAGCAUAAAGGAUGAGCUGGACCCAUCUUUCAAAGAGGUUAGUUUCUUCUACAGCGCUGACAACAAGCCACCUGAUGACCCGCAGGUCCACCUGGACAAAAUGGACAACAUUGACGACGUUCCUUUGGACCCGCCAUCCUCGACACAGCCACAGCAAUCCCCAGUCCCCCAACAGACCCCACCUUCCCCAAGUUCAGAGGCUCCUCCUGCCCCCUCGCUAAGCCCCAGCUCCCCAUCCUCUCCCUGCACGUCGACUGCUGCCACGGACAAGCAGGCCUCCGGCCAGCAGGCGGCCAAUGGACUAUCGGGUCCGAGCCUCGCAGCGGGGUCGGGGCUCGGGACAGGCGCGGGUGUCACGAUGCGGCCCUCUCUGGAGGAACUGCCGCCGUACGCACACAUGAACGGAGGACGCAAAAACGAACGCGCCAUGCCUCUCCCGCAGUCCUCGGCCUGCUGAUUGGACAGAGACACCCACCAGACUGCAAACCCUGCCACCUGCUGCAGAACCUGAUGUCACAGUGGGUGGGAUCUCUAUCUUUUUGUUUUUUGUUUUUUGUUUUUUUAUUUUUAAGAUAUAAUACAGCAAAACCAUGUCUACCAGCUGGGUUUGGCUACUCAGUGCGGAGCAAAGACUUUUGCCGGAAGGUGGAGAAAACUGUUCAUGUUCUGCUGUAACUCCACACACUUUUUUUUCAUAUUAUUCUACUUUUGGUUUCUACCAGCUGGCUGUCCAAUGUGACACUGCCCCUGCUGCUGAGUGGAAAGGCCAAAAAACAAUAAAAGAAAGAAAAAUAUAAAAAUCAUUUGGGGAGAGAGCUCUCUCUCUCUCUCUCUUUAUGGCUGAACUUAUUUUAUAAAUUGUUGUUUGUUACUUUUUUAUAUGUAUUUCCAAAUGGGAAAACAAAAAUGUGUAGGCCUUUAUAAAUGACUGGCGUUUUGGUCGCUUUUGGGCGGGCAUUAUGGUGAAACGGUUAAGCAUAUCUAAUGAAAAAGAAGCACUUCAGAGAAGUCAGCGUCUCCGUCGGUCGUUCAGUAGUCUCAUUGCUCUGCAGGCGUGUCAGCGUAAUGCCAGGUCAAUAGCCAAUCCGCUGAAACUAAAAACCAGAGGAAGAAAGGUCAAACCUGCCAAAUUUGUUGCCAAAAUUGUACUUUUUGUCAAAUUAUCUCGCCCUGGAAUUCUCCAACACACCAGAUUGAAAAUGGAAAGCAAAACAAAAGCACUUUGAUCUGCUACCACGCCGUGAUCAGACACCCCUCAUCAGUCCUACACUACUCCUCUGUUGCUGUUUGAUAUCUACAGCUACUGCACUCUAUAGGAUUGACAUCAUAAACCUUGUUAUAUCAAUUUAUCUGAAAUUGAGCCACAUCUAAAGUGCUGUUUUGUUACGGUUUAAUCGCCAAAACCAGUCCAUAAAGAAGCAAAAAAACAAAAAACAAAUCCUCAAAGUGAGGACUGCGGAGGGAAAUGCAUAAAAAGGAAAACAAAUAUUAACUCUAAAUCUAUAACGUCUCUCAGUCGGGGUUUGCUCCGUGUUCAGAGGCAUCCUUGUUGUAUACAAACAGGUAUUUUUUUAGACUAGUCAUUAGUCUCCAACAUUUACAACAUCUCUACGUGGGCAGAGCAUUUAUGUACACACCAGUUGUUUGUGUCACUUUUCUAACUUUUAUACGGUUGGAGACAUUUAUCAUGUACAGAAAGAAGCUGCUAUUCCUUAUUUCUCUUGUGGUUGUAAUAUAGUUAAUAUCUAUAUAUAAAAAGAGAAAAAACUCCUUCAGGUUGGAUCUACGAACGUUUCCACUACAGUCCAUUUUUUUAAUGCUUGUAACUGUGUAAAAUGUAUCUGAGCUAGUUUCGUUUCUGUGUUUGCGUAAAAGGUACGACAAUUUGCCUUGUGUUUUGAAACACCGGUAACAUCCCCUCCCAUCUGACUAGAGGACAGUGAUGGUGCCAGUGACCAUUGAUGUUCUUGUGUUCUCUCGGGACACCUUCGACCUCUGUCCUCUAGGGUUUGGACUAGACCACCUCUACCCAUCAUUGUACUCAGAGGUCAGGCAUCACUGCUGAGUCCCAACUAAAUCUCAGGUCAAAGAGAAAAGUUCAAUCCUUUUCUACUUUCUUUUUUGUGCUGUCAUACCCAGAGACAUCCUGUCUGGAGUGUGUCUGAUUCUGAUGUCCCUCUGACUCUGACUCUGUUAUUGCAUUUCUUGAUCAUUGGACAAGAGCACUGUUUCUUGCGUAAGUCUGAAACCAGACUGGGGUUGUCUUGUGAAUGGGUCCUUGCACUUUUUGUAUGGAGCCCCAAUACUGACAAAAUGUAGUAGAAGGUUAUCAGAUCAGAAAAUAUAACUGAAAUACACCAAUGAAUAAUAUUUAGUUAAAUAAUGGAGAAUAAAAAGAAAUAUAAACCUUUUUCAAUACUUUUCUUUUAAUGUCCCAUCAGUUGGUUAGAAAAACAAAAAUUUCACUUUGCUUUCCUGUAUUUCACUAGAUGAUAUAAUUUUUCCAACUCCUUUCCCUUUCAUCAAGGUCUCGCUGCAGAUUUGAUCAUUUAUCUGUUCCCUGUUUUCCACAUGCAACAUUUGUGUGACGCAAAACCAUAAGGAAAGCAUUUUAGACAACAUGCAAAUGCUAACAGAGUUAGCUAGCUAAUGCUACUUAAAGCUUUUUAGUUUAGUUUGUUUAUUGUUAAUGUUGUUUUGUUAUUGUUAAUUGUUGUUUAAGAAAAUGACUUGUUUCUGCAAAAUGUCAAGGCUAACACAACAAGAGGUACAAGACAUAUUUUCUUUCUAGUCCUUGAUGUUAGCUAACUUUGUUAGCAUAGUUGUAUGACAAAAUUUAGCUGCAGCUAGGUUGCUAGCUGAAAGGGGCAAAUGCCAUAGGUCUGUAGUGAUCAGUGUUUUCAGGCAAGCUGGCCAGUCAGACACUAGUGUUACACACACAUACAAACCCUGGACCAAUUCUAUUAUACAUGGACAAUAUUAUUUUCAUAUAAGAAAAUAGGAAAUGUGCUAAGGAAAUGGGAAGUAGAAAGAUAAAGAUAAAUGAUUAAAUGUGCGACCAGACAAAAUAAGGAAAACUGAGGUGUUGAAAAAGAAAAUGAGAAAGAUAAAUAGAGGAGUAAUAUACCUUUUUACUUUUACUCUCCAUUUGCAUUAUUUAGAUAACAGUGUUAUUUAUCGAAGAGCUCUGAUAUAUUAUUGACUUUUCUGAUAACAUUUUAUUUGAUUCUUCAGUUUUGGGCUUCCAUUAAUUUGUGCACUGUAAUAACAUUGGGUUCAAGGUACAAAAUAAAUACAAAACAGAAUUAUUUAAUGUAGCAGCAAGUCUUAACGUCUUAUUCUUCUUAGCGUAAGUGUAUUGGUUAAUUCCACUUCUUCCUAAUCAACGUCUCUCUUGAAUCAAGGGUGCUGCUGAAGUAAUCCAUAUUAUUUAUCUUUUUUGACAUAUUAACAUGUUUGUAGAAGAUUGCUGAAGUUAAAUUGGGUUGAGAAAUAAGUGGAAUUAUCCUAUAGCAUUUGCUCUAUGAAAAAUAAGAUUUCACAACUGAGGGUGACACUAAAACACUUCAUGGGAGGAAUAAAUGCUGAUAAGGCCCUCCUCCUGGACUUUUGUUAGAACACUAAAUGUACAAUGAUACUCUAAAUUCAACAAGAACAGGACAGGUCAGAGAAGUAACUGUAAUUGGAGAUCCCUGUGUUUAACAUCUAAGCAUGUAACAGCCUGCUUUAUCAACUGAGUAUGAUCAGAGAGGACCACAUGGAAUAGAUUUUAAAGGCUCAUUAACCUCAAAAAGUUGCAUUUGGAUUCCCAGCCCAGAUGUUUCUUGGUUAUUUAUGUUACUUUUUGUGAAGUGUAAAUCACUGUAUAAAUUCCCCACAACUUUUUUUGUCCCUUCUGACAUUUUGAUGUUCUUUUGCUAUUUUUUUUUUUUUUUUUUUUUUUUUGGGGGGGGGGGGGGGGUUGUUAUUAUUCCUUCAACCAUCCAUCUACCUCACUGUUUUUUUUUCCUUUUUCAAUCUAUAUAUAUGUACAGAAAAACAUAACAUCUCAUCUCUGUUGUCCGGCUGCAGUGACAGUCUUACUGAGUGCUGUUAAUAUGGUCAAAUUCAAACCACAAACCAAACCAUCCUGGGGCAUAGGAGGGGGUGGUUACAGCAGUGAAAUAUGGGACAAAUCGAUCAAAUCUUAUUAACUGUGAUGAUGACUGGCUGGUUUAUUUCUCAGAUGCUCUGGUGUGAGAGGAGCUGUCAGGAACAUGGAAGAAGAAAGGAAGUGCAGUCCUGUUUUGAGAGGCUGUGGCAUGUUCCUCCCCUGUUGUUAAAACCUCCUGACCUCCUCCCCUUUCCCUCACCUCCUCCUACAGCCUAAAACCUAGCCUUAGUUUGUGGCUCUCGUGCAUUGCCAUUACAUUACUACAUGCAUCCUUUUUUUUUCUUUUUUGUUUGAAAAAAAUAACUUUGAAAACCCCGAUGGCAUUUUGAUGAAAAAAUGCUCUGUCUGCUGCAUGACAAGAGGAAGAUGUUUAACCUCUUUCCUAAGUUGUAACUGUAUUUCCUGUCCAGGUAGCUGGAAAAUGACAUCUUAUUGCUUAAUUUGUACAACAAAAUGUUAACCUGGUAUUUUGUAUGGAAGUGUAAAAUAAUACAGUGUAACAUAAAUAUAUAGAAAUAUAACUGAUAAUGAAACUUUACAUUUAGGGAUUUUUGUUGUACAAAUUCAGUGUAGACAUUUCUUCUUCCCACCCUGACAAGGCAGGUUUGUAAUUUCAGGCAGGGAGUCUCAGUGAUACAGGCUCUGGUUUAGAGUCCUCUGACCCACAGCAGACAAUUCACAGUGGCAGUCUAGUGCCAGUUUGUGCUGAUGUGAUGAGGUCAGGAUGGGUAUUUCACUGUUUGUGGUCUGAUUUUUGCCUCACUUUUACCACUGGAACACCUCACAGAGCGGACAUAAAAUCGAACAAAUUUCUUCCUUUUUUAUUUUAUUCUUUUUCUUUUUUGUUACAUUGAUGGCCAAUUUGUUACCAAGAUUUUGAUGUGUGUAAAUUAUUCAUAGCCUUCCAACUCUUGCGUUUCAAUUUAAAUGAUCUGUUAGACUAAGAUUUCAUUUUGGUUUUCUUUUGUACAUGCUGUUGUAAGAAUUUUUCCUGUUAUCAAUAUAAUCUGAGUACUGGGGAAAAUGAUUGGCUGAAGGAAAAGAGAAUGUCUGUUUCUCUGAUUCUUUUUUUCUACAUGAGAUUUAAGAUGAAUAAAAAUGUAUGCAAACUGUU